AUGAGUAGGGAUCCCUUGGAGCUUAUCAAAAGGUUUCUUCACUUGGAAUAUAAUUCAAAUGCCCCAGACCCUCAGGAUUCCAAUAGAGAUAAGCUCUUCAAGGUGAGAAAGCUGUUUGAAAUGCUGAGGCAGAAUUGCUUCAAAGUAAAGCCUGAAGACCAGAACUCUGUGGAUGAACAGAUGAUUCCAUUUAAGGAAGAAGCAUUCUCCGCCGAUGGUGCGCUAGAUCCUAGUAGAGAAGAAUGUGAUAGCAUUGGUUUUGUGUCUGGAGAUAUUGUGUUAAGACUCUGCUCAGCCCUGCCAAGACAAAUGCGCUACAAAGCCUAUUUUGACAAAUAUUUUACAUUUUUGGAAUCAUUACAGAAAUUGAAAAGGUGGGGAAUAUGGGCUGUGGGAACGAUGAGGCAAGAUCACAUUAGAGGAUGUGAGCUAAAAGGAGAGAAGGAAUUGAAAAAGGAGGGAAGAGGGGCCUUUGAUGCUGCUGUUGACCUGAAUUCAGGCCUUACAAUAGUGAGAUGGUUUGACAACCGACAAGUGCAUGUUGCAUUGAAUUAUGCAUAUAAUGAGCCUGUUGAAGCAGUAAGAAGGUGGUCCAGCAAAGAAAAGAAGCACAUUGAUGUGACAAGGCAGGCGAUUGUUUGGAUCUACAAAGCUGGCAUGUUUGGGGUAGAUCUGUUCGAUAUGUUUAUGGCAUCAUAUCGCCUUCAUCACAGAAGCAAGAAGGGUUAUAUGAGAUUUUCUUUUGGAUUCUUGCAACCAGUGUCACAAAUGGUUGGUGCCUAUAAAAGCGUCUCUGUGCACAGAAUGGUUGACUACGAGUCGUCGUACCAAGAAGUAGAAGGGAAGACAGCAAAGGAAUUCUUGAGCAGCAAUUGUGUGCAAGCGAUGAAUACAAAGCCUACUUCACUGCAAAAUCUGCUUAGUAACCAAAGUAGCGGUAUUCGUUUUUGUUCAGCUUUGGCAUAUUUGAAAGCAUAA